CCAGCUCGUCUUCUUCCUCUGACAGCUCGUCAUCUGAUAGUGAAGAUCAGGAUAAAAAGAAGAAAAAGAAAAAGAAGAAGAAGAAAAAGAAGAAAAAGAAAAAGAAGGAUAGUAGCUCAUCAUCUGACAGCUCCAGCGACGAUGAAAAGAUAAAGAAGAAACAGAAGAAGAAAGACAAGAAAAGGCAAAAGAAGAAGAAAAAGAAGCUGAAGAAAAAGAAAAAAUUCUCAAGCUCCAGUUGCAGUUCAUCUUCAUGCGAGAGUGAUAGCGAGAAAUUGAGCCAGAAUGUAAAGAAAAAGGAGACAGGAGAAUGGUCGCCAUGGGGUGAUGAUGCCGGGGAAAAUGAGGAGGGAAGAUCAGGAGUAACAGCUGAUGUUCAGUCAACAGCUUCAGCAGCAUUCUCUGUGGUCUGUGAAGCUAAGACUGAUAGGAUAUGUGACGAUGAAGGUGAAAGAAGAAAAGAAGAAAUGAAAGCAAAGCUGAAAAAAAAGAAAAAGGAUUCUGCUUCAUCUUCAGAAUCAUCUUCGUCUUGUUUGGAUAGUUCCUCCUCAGACAGUGAGGAUGACAAGAAAAAGAAGAAAAAGAAGAAGAAGAAGAAGAAGAAGAAGAAGAAGAAGAAGAAGAAGAAGGACUCAAGCUCAUCUUCAUCUGAUUCUUCCUCCUCAUCGGACAGUGAGGAUGACAAGAAGAAAAAGAAAAAGAAGAAGAAGAAGAAAAAUAAGAAGAAGAAGAAGAAGGACUCGAGCUCGUCCUCAUCCUCAUCAGAGUGUUCCUCCUCAGACAGUGAGGAUGAAAAGCGAAAGAAGAAGAAAAGAAAGAAGAAGAAAAAGAAGGCCUGCUGCUCUUCCUCUUCAUCUGACAGUGAGGAGGAACAGAAGAGGAUGAAGAAGACAAAAAGAAGAAAGAAGAAAAAGAGCAAAUCUAAGAAGAAGGGUUUCGGAUCUCCUUCGCUUCAUGCUCCUGAUGAAAAUAAAAUGAAAGAGGACUUCUUAAAGGAGGAAGUGAAGGAAGAACAUCAGGAUGGAAGGAGCGAUGCAGCAGGAGGAGAGGACAGAGAGAGAUACGACACGUUCCUGGACGAUCCCACACGUGGCAUCUUUACUGAGGGGGCGGGGUCUAAUGGGGAGGGCUCUAGGGUCACCUGGAGGGACGGAGCUUUCAGCUACAGAUCUCAUGCGGACUCUGAGAAGAAAGAUGACGAGUCACAAUAUCAGAUGUUGAAUGAAAACGAAUUGUGAAUCUGUUAUUCGGAGUAAAAAAAAAUCAUUUGAGUUUAGAUUUGAUUCGUGCAAUACAGCAGUUGUUUAAUCUGAUGACCACAAUCAGGGCUUUUAUAUGAGCCAUAAGAGCUAAUUGAAAAGAUUACUAAUUUGUUUCUCAAGGAAUUUUGUGAUUUAUUUUGCUGUUGAUUUAUGGCACAGGAAGUAAUUUUCUUAUGUAGCUUUAUAGUUUAAGACAUUUGUUCAGAUUUUAGAUCGCAUCAAAUGAGCACAAAGGGCUACAACGACUAAAUGAUGACUAAUUAUAGCUCACUGUUUUGUUAACAAUUUGAUCUACAAACAAAUCAACAAACUCAACUGUAAAUUCUUAGUUGUUCUAAGAACGUUAGCUUUAUAGAUCAAUUCAUGAAAUUUGAGUUCAUAAAACAGUCAGAGCGAGCGAAAUGUGAAACUGCAAGAUAAAAAUAGAAAUGAAUCGAAAUUUUAUUUUGAAGAAUCAAAACACUUUAUUUUUACUGAAGUUAUUGCUUGAAAAUGUGAGAUUCUGGAAAAACAAUGAUGCACUUUUGUUACAAUUGUCUACAAUAAACAACAAAUAA